GUGAGAACCGGAAAGGCAGAGUGUGUGGUUCCGUUUGCGGAAAAUCCAAAAGAGGGAAAAGAACGUUGUUCUCUCUGUUAACGACAAUUCGAUUCCAUUGGGUGCUGCUGUGUGUGCUCUCAGUUCCCAAAUCAAAUCUCAAUAGUAGUACUACUAUUCAUAAAUCAUUUCAUUUGUUCACUUUCUCUGUGUUGCGUUCUGCUCCUUUGGGCCUGGCCAUGGCUAUUGCAGCAGCGGCUGUGGUGGUGCCAUUGGGCCUGCUCUUCUUCGCCUCCGGCCUCCUUGUUAAUCUCAUUCAGGCAAUAUGCUAUGUCGUGGUAAGGCCGGUGUCCAAGAAUUUGUACAGACGGAUCAACCGGGUAGUGGCGGAACUCUUGUGGCUGGAACUUGUAUGGCUUAUUGAUUGGUGGGCAGGAGUUAAGGUCCAAAUAUUCACAGAUCAUGAAACCUUUCAUUUAAUGGGUAAAGAGCAUGCACUUGUGAUAAGCAAUCACAGAAGUGAUAUUGAUUGGCUUGUUGGAUGGGUUUCAGCUCAGCGUUCAGGUUGUCUUGGCAGCACUCUAGCUGUGAUGAAGAAAUCUUCAAAGUUUCUGCCGGUCAUUGGCUGGUCAAUGUGGUUUUCUGAGUAUCUUUUUCUGGAGAGAAGUUGGGCCAAGGAUGAAAGCACAUUAAAGUCAGGCAUCCAGCAACUGAGUGAUUUCCCUCUUCCCUUUUGGUUGGCUCUCUUUGUAGAAGGAACACGCUUUACACAGGCCAAACUAUUAGCUGCUCAGGAAUAUGCAACUUCCACUGGAUUGUCUGUUCCCAGAAAUGUUUUGAUUCCAAGAACUAAGGGUUUUGUUUCUGCAGUAAGUCAUAUGCGCUCAUUUGUUCCUGCCAUUUAUGAUAUAACAGUAGCUAUCCCUAAGAGUUCCCCUGCUCCUACAAUGCUAAGACUCUUCAAGGGACAACCUUCAGUGGUGCAUGUUCAUAUCAAGAGGCAUUUAAUGAAGGAAUUGCCAGAAACAGAUGAGGCUGUUGCUCAAUGGUGUCGAGAUAUAUUUGUGGCCAAGGAUGUUUUGUUAGACAAACAUAUAGCUGAGGACUCUUUUAGUGAUCAAGAUUUGCAGGAUACUGGUCGACCAAUAAAGUCUCUUCUGGUAGUUAUAUCUUGGGUUUGUCUGGUUGUUGCGGGGUCUGUAAAGUUCCUACAACGGUCUUCGCUACUCUCUUCCUGGAAGGGUGUUGCAUUUUCAGCUUUUGGUUUGGCAGUUGUUACUGCACUUAUGCAAAUUCUGAUUCAAUUCUCACAGUCAGAGCGUUCAAACCCUGCCAAGAUCGCCCGGGCAAAGUCAAAAAACAAGGGGGGACAACUAGAGGCUAGGAAUGACAAACAACAGUAGAUUACUCACUUGAUUCCCAGACCCCAAAAGUUUUCUAUACAAAGAUAGGGUCUUCAUCUACGAUCAUAUUUUGGCGAACUUAAAGUUGCAUUUAUGUGUGAUGAGUGACUCAUGUAAUGCUCAUUAUUUUGCUUUCAAAAUCUUAUCAUGGUAUGUUUCUAUUCUAUAUAUGUAGUAUUGUGAAUGCUUAUCGAUUCAUUGUUUUUAAAUUAAUUAGGAUAUCUUUUGUAUCGACAAUCUAGGAUGGCCUAGAAAAAUUCAACCGCCUCUUUUAUUUUA